CGUCAAGCGUUUCAUCGCUUGCCUAAUACGCUAGGCACAAUUGAGAUCUGGGUGGUUGGGGGGAUCAUCGGCCGAUGGCUUCGUCGAUUAGGCCUAGUCCCAUCCCCUUCACUGGCAUAGGAAUUCGUUCCUGUGCUUGUCCGUCUUUGUCUUGCGGUAAUCAAAUACAAAGUAAGUUUCCUGCUGUGGGUUCUGAAAUUGUGCUUGUGACGGCGGCCCGACAGAGAAAUCUGAGAAGAACAGGCUUUCCAGGUUCACUGUCUCUUGUUAGUGCUCUUGAACGAAGUAACAGCGGCAGUAAUAGCAGCGAUGGGAAGAAAGGAGGCGUAUCGAAUUCCAAUUACGUGGUGCCGCUGGACAAGUCGUUUCCUUUCUCGAACUCAUCUAUAACUCGUCCUCUGGCAGAGAUUCUCCGUGACCUUAAUAAAAGAAUCCCCGAUAAUAUCGUCAAACCUCAUGUCGAUGGCGAUCCCUCGGCUGCCACCCUCAUUCCCUGGUAUCAUGCCAACAGGAUGCUGAGCUUCUACGCCCCAGGAUGGUGUGGAGAAAUACGUGAUGUUAUAUUUUCUGACAAUGGAAGUGUGACUGUGGUGUACCGUGUUACUGUAAGAGGAUCUGAUGGGGAGGCACAUCGUGAGUCAACAGGGACAGUAUCCCCUACUGACGGCCAUAUUGGAGAUCCAGUAGCAGCCGCUGAGGAGAUAGCUUUCUGCAAAGCUUGUGCUCGAUUUGGUCUAGGCUUGUAUCUUUAUCAUGAAGAUUAAACUAAAUGACCGGACAAUUUACCUUGGCGAGAUUUGCUUGUUUGAAAUGUUGAAAUAUUAGGGUUUCUGCUAAAGUUAUGUAAAUGACUACAUGUAAGUAGAAAGCAUAGGAGUCAUGCAGCAGAUACUCAUCACUUCCAUAUGGUUACUGGGAUCUAGAAGCCACUUUUGUUUUGUGGAGACCUGAUGUUUACAUAGAACCGACUUCCGUUGUUGCUUAAGCACAAUGUUUUGUCCUCCUUAGUCCUCUGUUUGGAUGGGGGGAAAAAAAAAAUAGGGAAUAAAAAAAUCCAGUGGGGAAAAUUUGAAAAAAUAGUGAAAAUAUGUUAUUUUUUUCGAAA